AUGGAUGAUAUAUAUUCUCAAAUGACAGACAAAUUUAAUUGCGAUUCUUCGAAUAGAACAGAUGAUUACUUUAUGCAAGUUUGCCAACCGUUAUAUUCAAAUAGAUGUUAAUAGAAAGAAGAGAUUGAAUUCAAAUUUAGACAAUCGAAAUAGGAUUAUGUGUUUCCUCGAAUACCUUUUGAAGAAACACCUGAUAAAUAUAAAACAAUAGAAUCUCCUCAUCGAUUAAAAACAGAAGGAAAUGAAAAAUCAGAGGAUCAAUUAGAUCUUAAUUUCAAUUUCAAUAGUUCAUCAGAACAUGUAUCAGAUGAUGCAGUAGUAUUAUAGCCAAAACCAUAUUAACAAAAAUUAAAGCCUCCUUAACCUAAAAAGCCAAAAAAUGCAGCUAUAUAAUAAACAUAUAGAACCAUCUUAAAUGAUUUAGAAAGAAAGUUACAUACAAUAAAUUGCAAAGAUUUUGUUAAGAAAAAAUGGGAAUAAAGAGGUGCCUCCAGAGCAAAAAGCAAUUCCAAUAGUACAACACAUUAUAAUAGUCAUUAUCAACGGAAGUAUAAGUAAAAAAAAUCAAAGACCCUUUGAAAUAGAUACCAAAACCUCCUCUGUGAAGAAGUCCAUUCCAACUGAAUCUAAAAAGUCUUUAAGCAAAACCAAUUUAGCAGCCAUUUUAUCAAAAUAGAAAAGUAAGAGUAAUCCAUCCAAGACCAACAACAUUUUUAAUGUUAAUAAUAGUCAUAUCAAUCUUAAUUUUAAUAUUAAUAGUUAAACCAUGGAUUUAUAAUAAUAAGCUAUUACUGUUGCAUAAAUAUUACAAAAAAAAUAACUACUUAAUCGAUCCUCUUUAUCUAGUUAUUAAAGAAACUCUAAUCGAUGUUCUACUGAGCCAAUGGAAGAAAUGAAAGCAAGAUUAUCAAAUAAUAAUUAAAAAAAUAAAACUACUAUUACUAAUUAAUCUAGAUGCAAUACUGGAAUGGAUGUUAGAGCACAAAGCACAAUCCAAUAUUUAAAUUAAAUGAAAAAAUAAUAAAUUAAAAAGCAUUAAAAAUAUUAACAAUAAAUUAUUCAAUAAAAAUAACCACCUAUCAUGUAAAUUAAACCUUAAUAAAAUAUAAAAUAGUAAAUAUUUAUAAUAUCAAAGGAGAUCUAGUACCAAUACUNUAUUAUUAAUAUAAUUAUAAGAAAUGGAUGAUAUAUAUUCUCAAAUGACAGACAAAUUUAAUUGCGAUUCUUCGAAUAGAACAGAUGAUUACUUUAUGCAAGUUUGCCAACCGUUAUAUUCAAAUAGAUGUUAAUAGAAAGAAGAGAUUGAAUUCAAAUUUAGACAAUCGAAAUAGGAUUAUGUGUUUCCUCGAAUACCUUUUGAAGAAACACCUGAUAAAUAUAAAACAAUAGAAUCUCCUCAUCGAUUAAAAACAGAAGGAAAUGAAAAAUCAGAGGAUCAAUUAGAUCUUAAUUUCAAUUUCAAUAGUUCAUCAGAACAUGUAUCAGAUGAUGCAGUAGUAUUAUAGCCAAAACCAUAUUAACAAAAAUUAAAGCCUCCUUAACCUAAAAAGCCAAAAAAUGCAGCUAUAUAAUAAACAUAUAGAACCAUCUUAAAUGAUUUAGAAAGAAAGUUACAUACAAUAAAUUGCAAAGAUUUUGUUAAGAAAAAAUGGGAAUAAAGAGGUGCCUCCAGAGCAAAAAGCAAUUCCAAUAGUACAACACAUUAUAAUAGUCAUUAUCAACGGAAGUAUAAGUAAAAAAAAUCAAAGACCCUUUGAAAUAGAUACCAAAACCUCCUCUGUGAAGAAGUCCAUUCCAACUGAAUCUAAAAAGUCUUUAAGCAAAACCAAUUUAGCAGCCAUUUUAUCAAAAUAGAAAAGUAAGAGUAAUCCAUCCAAGACCAACAACAUUUUUAAUGUUAAUAAUAGUCAUAUCAAUCUUAAUUUUAAUAUUAAUAGUUAAACCAUGGAUUUAUAAUAAUAAGCUAUUACUGUUGCAUAAAUAUUACAAAAAAAAUAACUACUUAAUCGAUCCUCUUUAUCUAGUUAUUAAAGAAACUCUAAUCGAUGUUCUACUGAGCCAAUGGAAGAAAUGAAAGCAAGAUUAUCAAAUAAUAAUUAAAAAAAUAAAACUACUAUUACUAAUUAAUCUAGAUGCAAUACUGGAAUGGAUGUUAGAGCACAAAGCACAAUCCAAUAUUUAAAUUAAAUGAAAAAAUAAUAAAUUAAAAAGCAUUAAAAAUAUUAACAAUAAAUUAUUCAAUAAAAAUAACCACCUAUCAUGUAAAUUAAACCUUAAUAAAAUAUAAAAUAGUAAAUAUUUAUAAUAUCAAAGGAGAUCUAGUACCAAUACUUCAAAACCAAAAAUUCAAUCUGGUUAAUAUAAAAAAUAUAAUUUAUCUAUAGAAAUGAAUUGA